AUGGCAACUACUCAAUCUACUGAGUUCCCGUCGCUCGACGAUGUUCGCUUGCCCUCAACACCAGAAGACAAAGAGCUUCUCAAAGAGCUCAAGCUGGCUUGGGAUCAGCAUUCAGCUCAUUGGGAUAACGAUACCAAGCACGAGUUCGUCGAUCGCAUCCUCAAAGGAUACACGAAAGUCACAAAUACGAACCAGGCUCAACCAAGUGCCCAUCGACUCUGGAAAGCCGGCAACAUUACCUUCGCUCCCAGAGAGUGGCUUCAACACAAAUACGAGAACUUCGAUCCGGAGUCUUGGGCGAGCCCUGUGUCCAAGAUGCCAGCAAAGUCUCGAGGGACCAACGGUGGAAAAUCGUCCUCCUCGAAGGGGAACAUUGAGUUACAUGGGAAGUUUCAGGAACCCAAGUCUUCUCAGUCGAUUGAGGCUAUGGAGAUCUGUGAAGAAGAGAGCGAUCAUGACGACAUCAAAGUCGACGGUACUUAUAAAGACGACAACAACGACGGAGAUGAUCAAGAUGAAGCAAAUCCCAAGCCAAUUACCCGAAGUCGGUUCAGGGCGGCUAACGUUCCUGAGCCAGGUCGAGACCCAUCACGAAAGCGUGGAACUUCUAAUGCUUCUGUGAAUCUCCUCCGCACAAAAGUGCAGAAGACAGACUCACCUAAAACUCCAUUGUCGGCUGAAAACGGCCAUCUACUUGAGCCUUCCGGUCCCUCAACGGUACCCACAGUCGACAACCAGGCUCGGGCUCGUCCUCUCGAGUGGAAAGCUAAGCUCCAGGACCUUAGGGUUUAUGGGCGUGGUUUGAAUCAAAAUCGACUUGUACCCAACCGCCUGGCGUUUACUGGUGACCAGACCUCUUUACCGCCUAAUCCGACAGCCGUCUCGUUCACGCAGGAGUCUUAUGAUCCAAACGGCUUCCGAAGAAGUCAAGAACCAAGUUUGCGCUCAAGUGCCCCUGGUCUUUCUCUCGAGAAGAGGGCAAAUGAUCAAAUUCUUUCAGGAGAUCCUAGAGAUCGUAUCCUGUAUCGCGAGCACUCAACUCAAAGCGACCAUGUGAGAGCCAAGUCUGGGCUGGUAGACCACCGUUCUGGGGAGUCUGCCACUUCAGCCCCAAAUCUGCCGCAGUCACAUGAGUGCAGAGGAAACACUCGCACGAUGGCUCCCCGGGGCUCCUCUGACUCUUUUAUGUUCUCCUUGAGCUCUUCUGGAAAGGAACAGCCGCAAACUGGAGAACUGCUUCCUCUUCGUCUAAGCCCCCGUGAGACUCUCAAAAGCCCUGAGGGUGUCUACACUCAGCAGCCAUCUAGUCUUCAACAGCUACCUCGUGAUGACCCUGAUGAGCCAUCAUCGUUCCGUCGAUUCAGAAGACAAUACCAUUCUGACCAGAAAGAGACCUGCGGUCGGAUCGCGGACCAAGUAACAAAGAAUGUCACGGGUAUUGUUGUGCAGGCAGUUCAUGAUAUGAUUCAACCGCUGCGCAAUUCUCUCGCUCAGUGUGUGGACACUCUAGCAAAGCACAAUACCAACGCUGCAGGAGACCAAGUGAACCUAGCGACCCGAGACCUGAGAGACAUGAAGCAGGUCCUCAACAGCCUUGUGGAAACAAGUCGAGUGCAGCUGGAAGCCUCCCAGAGGGAGGGAGCAACUAUCCAGGAACUGCUUUUGCCAGCCAUGACUGAACACCGGAAGGAUAUCGACAAUCUUGUGCAACGCGCUAUAUCAAUCGAGGAACGCACAUCCGAUGUCGAGGAGUACCUGGAGCUUCAGCUCGCCGACAAGGGUGGCGAUUCCACCCGCAACGCUCCUCAGGACGAGCAUCAUACCUUUGGCAAUCAUGAGGACGCGGGAGGAGAUUAA